UAACAUCGUUGCGACUUUUAUGAAACUGUGUUUUUCACAACAUUAAAAACAACAAUCGUUUGUUGACUUCAUUCUUUUUGUCGUUUUUGGUUUCACCGAAAGAAUGGUUUGUGAAAAAUGUCAAAAGAAAUUAGGCAAAGUCAUAACCCCAGAUCCUUGGAAAUCAGGAGCAAGAAAUACAACAGAGGGAGGUGGAAGAUCGCUGAACGAAAACAAAGCACUGACAGCCACCAAGAAUAGGUACAACCCGUAUACAACAGGCUUUGAUAAAUGCAAGAUCUGCAAGUCAUCAGUGCAUCAGAAGGGUUCUCAUUAUUGUCAAGGGUGUGCAUACAAGAAGGGUAUCUGUGCCAUGUGUGGGAAGAAGAUCAUCAGUACAGCCAACUACCGGCAAUCUUCUACGUGACACCUGGCAGGUCUAUGGUGCGCUGUUGUCCGUGAUUUUGUUUGCAGGCAACAGGUUAAUUUUGUUUGCAGGCAACAGGUUAAUUUUGUUUGCAGGCAACAAGUUAAAUGGCAAAACUGUCUGCUAGCCUUGAUACUAUUGAAUGUUUUACUUGUCAAUGAUUUUAUACUUAAAAGAGGCCAUGUCCCAGAGAAAACUGAUCUCUUGGGGAUGAAAUAUUACCAAUAAAUAUGAACUGAGAAAACUGGGUUUAAAGCAUGUGCAUAAAUGGUCGUCCUAGCUAAGACUGUUCAGGCUGCUCAAGCUAAUCUGGGAGGACACUAAAUAUUUAUGGAAAUUUUUCUUUAAAAAGUCUCUUAUAAAAAAAAUCCAGUCUAGGCAGAAAGUAACACUCAUUGGGUCAUUGUCAACCUAAAAUGACUUGAAGUCUCCCGGGGUGACUAGAAGCUGAUUCAUGUCACCCUGGGGUGACUUCAAGCCGAUUCUAGUCACCCGGUCGGCUAGAAGUCACCCCAGGGUGACAUGAAUUGGCUUGAAGUCACCCCCGGGUGACUUCAAGCCAUUUCAGAUCGACAAUGACCCAAUGAGCGAAAGUAACAUACGUGGACUGCUCAGUCUUACCUUGGGCAACACUUUACACUCACGCAUCAAGUCCAGUUUUCCCAGAAACUGUGGCAUUUGUUAAUACAGUUUAAGCUUUAAUAAUACAUGUAUUUCAGUUGAGGAAACAGUUAUUGUAUUAAAUAAUGCUUUAAUAAAUACUAAUAAAAAAGCAUCUCUUAUGACUAUUGGUGAUAAUUGAACAUAAUUGUGCAGCAUUUUAUUGUAUUAUUGUAAAUGUGUACAUUUGAAUAAUGAAUAAUACCGGUUUUGUUUUGUGCAUGAUUUUUGUAACUAAAGUGUAUUUGUGUUAAAACUUGAUAGGUGUCAGUGUGACCCCUUGUUAAUUGGAAGUACAAAUGUAAGAUAAAAUAAACAAAGUUGCAAAACUAUUUCAUCUCAA